AUGGGCGAGAGAGAGAAGGCGGGGUCAGAAGACGUAUGUGAGCAAGAAGUUGAGGCUCGGUUUCAUGCGUGUGAGUUUCACAUCGGCACUCACUGUCUCUCCCUCCCUCCCUCUCAGGGUGUUCUGCGAUGGCCCGGCCUUGUUAUCAGCCGGGGGUCAGCGCACGAAUGGUGUGGGAGAUCGCACCGGGGGGGGGGGACAUCUGUCUCGUACUGCAUGGCUGACAGUAGAUGAGGGUAAUAAUUAUAAUGAAGUAGAGGAGGGGAGGGUGGUGAGGGGAUAAGGAGAAUGACGAGCAGUAGGAGUGGGAAGUUCCCAGCACAUGUGUGUGUGUGUGCAUGUACAGGCAGCAACGCCGAACUUUCACACUGAUUCUCGUGUUCUCACGGCAGUGGAGUGGGUUGAGAAAAGACGACGACAUGGUCCCUUCACCCUCGAAACCCGGCAGUCGUUUUGCGCACGCAAAAGACCAGAAAUAGUCGCAUGAAAGGUAGUUAGUCGACUGGCCAACGCUGCACCUAAAAUCUGUCAAUGGGAGAUAGAUUUGACCGUCUGCUGAAGAGCCUUUCUCGCAUGGCGUUUCAAAUUUAGAAUUAAAACUAAUGUGAACAGGGCCUCGUGUCACCUACUUUUCACUUGUCUGCAUCAGGGCAGAGCAGUUAUUUGUGUUUGUCUGAUCCAGAGAAAAAAACAUGUGAACGCUGAACUAAUCUGCUUCAUCCAUCUACUCGGUUUAUGCAGAAAUCAAAAAAAUGGAAGAGCUGAGAGUAUAGUUGGAAUUUCCAACUAACCCUCUUAUACUGUACACUCGACCUAUUGGAUAUCUCGCUACAGUUGUAACGUUAAACGGGCCUUCUGCCGCCAAUCACUCAGGUUACUGAGGUUUUAUGUUUUCCUCAUAAAUUUUUGUCAAAACUUGAAGCCCCGUCGUCAGAGCAGCCCUUGUCAAACUCGCAACGCAUUUGGUGUAGGCAUGUCAUUUGAAUACUAGAAAAUUCGAUGUAGUAAUCGAUUAAGCUGCCCGCCUACAAAUCUAGCAGCACGCAAUGUGAGGAGAAGGCGAGGAAGAGGGGAAUAAAGAUGAUGUGAUGAUGUUGAUGACGUUGAGGAUGAUGAUGAUGAUGAUGACGAUGAUGAUGAUGAUGAUGAUGAUGAUGGUGAUGAUGAUGAUGAUGAUGAUGAUGAUGAUGAUGAUGAUGAUGAUGAUGAUGAUGAUGAUGAUGAUGAUGAUGAUGAUGAUGAUGAUGAUGAUGAUGAUGAUGAUGAUGAUGAUGAUGAUGAUGAUGAUGAGGAUGAGGAUGAGGAUGAGGAUGAUGAUGAGGAUGAUGAUGAUGAUGAUGAUGAUGAUGAUGAUGAGGAGGAGGAGGAGGAGGAGGAUGAUGAUGAUGAUGAGGAUGAUGAUGAUGAUGAAGGUGUGUGA